AUGAAGUCGAGUUACAAGCUCGAAAAGGAGCGAUUUGUAUCAUUUACAAGUGGUUCUUCUGUAUGGCAUGUGAACAGCAUUUCUGCGGUUGCAUUGGCCUCCAUAGUCCUGCAUUCCACCUUGAAGUCGCGUUUUAGCUGGUCCGGACCUGGCGGAGCGUCGUUCCCUUCCUUCACUAUUGACUUUAUAAUCCUUGUUAUUCCUCUGCUGCUCAGUAUGACUGCAUUUGCUGAAGCGCCUUGGCAACUAGUAUCCAUGCUCUUGAUACCUGCCGGACUCAUUUUGCUUUUUCGACCUCCUACCUUAUCUGCUUUCUCUCUCUUACCUCCACUUUCUCCCCCUUCGCGUUCCACCUCGCCCAUUCCACCUCGCGCGAACACCCGCAGCCCUAGCAAUCGGGGUGUCCAUUUACCCGACCGGCUCUCCCAGUCCUUCAUGGAUGAAUCAAAAUCUACUACGUCUCUACUCACUGGACCAGUACCAUAUCUUACAACGUAUCGUGCUCACAUGAUGCUCAUGACUAUUCUCGCCAUUCUGGCAGUGGAUUUCAACGUAUUUCCACGAGAGCUCGCCAAGUGCGAAACAUUCGGAGUGUCGUUGAUGGAUUUGGGAGUUGGAUCCUUCGUAUUUUCGCAGGGCUUGGUCUCCGCCACCCCGAUUCUUAGAGACGUAUCCAUUUUGAAGGAGCGUUCCGUGCCAAAGAUGUUUUACGCCUUAAGAAAAGUUCUUCCGCUGCUCGCGCUAGGGAUGAUUCGAGUUAUUCUGGUGAAAGGCACAGAUUAUCCAGAACACGUAUCUGAAUACGGGGUCCACUGGAAUUUUUUCUUGACCAUGGUUUUCCUUCCACCACUUUCCGUUCUCCUGCAUCCAAUUAUUCUUCAAACCCCUAUUGCUUUGGUUGGAAUAUCAAUUUCUAUUGUUCACGAAAUGAUGCUGCGGAAGACAUCAUUAGAAGCAUGGAUUCUGAGCCCUCACAGGCACUCCCUCUUGUCCCAGAACAAAGAGGGUAUCACAAGUUUAAUAGGUUAUUUGGCCCUUCAUGUUUUGGGACUCUCGAUGGGUACACUUUUGUUACCAGCUUCACCUUCGCUGUUUAAGCGGCAGCUCAAACUACUAACGGGGAACUCUGAUGCAUCCUCAAUGGCGCACCAGAUGCCAUCGAAACGGCAGCCCGGAAAGGCUGCGAUUGAGCUAUGUAGCUACGCUUUUACGUGGUGGAUUUUGUUUGGCCUCUCAACCUCUGCUCGACGUCACCAUAAGAGCGCUGUAUCUCGGCGAUUGGCCAACCUACCUUAUGUGUUAUGGGUUGCAGCCUUCAAUACAACAGUUUUGCUUGGAUACUUGCUCAUUGAUACCCACUUCUUUCAUGUUAAACCGCCGCCCUCGUUCCCGUAUGCCGGGACUAGUCAAACUUUUGAGUCGGACGACACUGGAAUCGAGCGAAAAGCGCCUGAAUUACUGGAGGCGAUCAACCGCAAUGGCUUAGUUGUGUUCCUCCUUGCGAACAUGUUGACGGGAGUUGUCAAUCUUUGCAUGCGCACUAUGUAUGCGACAGACACGGUAGCUCUAGGUAUUCUUGCGGUGUAUUCUUUUGUCAUCUGUGGUUCCGCGUGGGCCUGUCGCUAUCGAAGGUUGUGGCGUUUAUGA